UUCAUUGGCGCAGGGGCGAUACUGCUGAUCCUGGGCUUGGCGACCACGACCGUCCGAUGCUUUUGCAUGCACUGCCCGCGAGGGGGCGCUAGAGUCGUAGGGGUGUUGGAGACUGGAACAGCGGGAGUAGGGGAUGGAGUUGCGGGAGUUGCACCGUUGGAUGCGGUAGCUAGUGUUGAUGGCCUGGUUCAGAGGAGAGAUACACAGGUGUUCACUCCAUCUGAAGUUGAUGCCCUGAUCUUGCACACAGAAGACGAGAAACGGAACGGUAGCAAUCACCAUCACCAAAAGUCAUAAAUGCAAAGAGCAUGAAAAGAGACGUGUAUAUCUUAUCUGCUAUAAAUUACUUAAGUGUAAUACAUGAUAAGCUUAAACAUGUUAUGUAAGAAUGUGUACAGAAUUAAAGUCAGUCAACAUCUAAGCAUGUCCAUCCAAUUUUAUAGACUUUUAUCCAGAUUAUCAUCCACGUGUACUCACAAUUUUGAAAAUUCUAUUACUUUAUAG